GGUAGGGUGGGGGAGGAGGUGAUCGCCCUCCUAUCUCCAAAGUCGAAAGUACUAAACGCAGUUGACAGAAAAGGAAGCGGCGAGAAAGAAGCGGGCUGGUCAGGGUCUCCUCCGCCGGCGGAGGUGCGGGGCUCGGCGCCGGCGCUGCUGCGGCUGUUGCUGUCGCUGUUGUUGCUGCUGUCGCCUCCUCCACCUCCCGCAAUCCUGUAGAGGCGGCCUCUGUUGCGGAGCGCGGCGACGGCGGCGGAUCCGAACACGGGAGACCAGCGCUCGCUUCGCUAGUCCUGGGUCAUCCCCUGCCCUGUCUUCGACUCCCCCCUCCCCCUCGGCCUCCCGGAUCCGUUUCUCUGUCUAUACCCUUCUAGCCCUUCAGCGGCGGUGGUGCCUCCCCUCUCUACUUCCCUCCCUUUCCUACCCCUCCCCGGGCUGCCCUGAGCCUCUUCACCCUCCAGCUUCCAUCAGCUCCAGCUUUACCCUCCUCCUCCCUCCCUUCCCAUCUUUCCUACGCCCCCCCCCCCCGGGCUUCUGCAGGCCGGGUGCAGUUGGGUCGCUCCGAAAUGUAAGAUUGAUUGAUUGAUGUUUAAUUUCCUGCCAGGCGGGUACCCCCUCCCUCCCUUUUUCCCUCCCCCGAAACCUCCCCAAUUCCCCUCCCUGCCCCCACUCACUUCCCUCCCUCAUUGCGGUGGAGGAGUCUGGAUUGGAGUUUUUGGUCGGCUUUUUUUUUUUUUUGGGUGCUUGAUCCCGAAAUAUCCCAGAGACUUUUUUUCCUUUCUAAAUUAUUAUUUUGAAGGAGCUAGAUCUGGGGACGGAAAGGAAAAAGGGGGGGGGGAGGAAAUCGGAAACCAAGGACAACCCAAAAGGACUCACUUUGCCUGAUGACUCAACGCAACUAAUAAUCAUCUCUCAGAGUGUCUCUCUCUGUGGCGUGUCAGUGAGUCCGGCUCGGGCUGCUGCUGCUGCUGCUGCUGCUGGCGGCGGCAGAGGAGGGAGAGACUGAAAGUGACAUAUCUGGGGCUGCCGCUCUAGUCUCUCCCUCUCUCGGUCCCCCCCCCCCCCCACUUUUCUCCUUGAUUGUAGCACCGGCUCCAGCUGCUGCUGCUCUUCUUCUCCAGAAUAGCAGCCCCCUUUAGCAGCAGCAGCGGCCGUCGCGGUCUCUCGAUUUACCCUGCUUUUUCUAUGUAUUGGUUUCCUUCCUGAAGGUGUGAAAAAGCCUCUUUCCCUCCUUGCCUUCGUCUUUCUUCUCCCUCCCCUUUUCCCUCCCCCAACCCCUCCGCCACGAGCUCUAUUGCCCCUUUGGUAGAGCCCUUCCUUCUCCUCCUCCUCCUCCUCCCCCCACCAUCAUCAUCAACAUCACCAUCAUCAUAAUCAUCUCACAAGAAGAAGACAUCCUGACCCAGGACCUUAAAACAUUAGGACUGAAGGAAGAGGAAAGGGCAAGGAAACAGAAAGGAAGAAAACAAGAACGUUAAAAAAGGAAACAAGAAACUUUCCACCCUGGAUUCUCUACUUUUGAUCCAUGGACAGAGCUCAGCUCAGCCAAGUUACAGACAGACUAUAAGCAGUCCUUGCUCAUUUUAUUGCGAUCUGCCUGUGGGAACUUUGUCUCCGAGUCAAAGUAGCAUGGAGCGGAGAAGCGAGAGUCCCUGUCUAAGGGAUAGCCCAGAUAGAAGGAGCGGCAGUCCUGAUGUCAAAGGUCCUCCUCCCGUGAAGGUGGCCAGGCUCGAGCAGAAUGGCAGUCCCAUGGGAGCCAGAGGGAGGCCCAAUGGCUCCGUGACCAAGUCAGUGGGAGGUUUGAUGAUCCCUGUUUUUUGCGUGGUGGAGCAGUUGGACAGCUCUCUUGAAUAUGACAACAGAGAAGAACAUGCAGAGUUUGUAUUGGUUCGAAAAGACGUGCUCUUCAGCCAGCUGGUGGAGACAGCACUCUUGGCCCUUGGGUAUUCCCACAGUUCUGCGGCUCAGGCACAAGGAAUAAUCAAACUAGGGAGGUGGAAUCCUCUCCCCCUCAGUUAUGUGACUGAUGCACCAGAUGCGACAGUAGCCGACAUGCUACAAGACGUCUAUCAUGUUGUGACAUUGAAAAUCCAAUUACAAAGUUGUUCAAAGUUGGAAGAUCUGCCAGCAGAGCAGUGGAACCAUGCCACAGUCCGCAAUGCCUUAAAGGAGCUGCUCAAAGAGAUGAAUCAGAGCACGUUAGCCAAAGAAUGCCCGCUCUCCCAGAGCAUGAUUUCAUCCAUUGUAAAUAGCACAUAUUAUGCCAAUGUGUCAGCAACCAAGUGCCAGGAGUUUGGGAGAUGGUAUAAAAAGUACAAGAAGAUUAAAGUGGAAAGAGUGGAAAGAGAAAACCUUUCAGACUAUUGUGUUCUGGGCCAACGUCCAAUGCAUUUACCAAAUAUGAACCAGCUGGCAACCCUGGGAAAAACUAAUGAACAGUCUCCUCAUAGCCAAAUUCACCACAGUACUCCAAUCCGAAACCAAGUGCCCACAUUACAACCCAUCAUGAGCCCUGGUCUUCUUUCUCCCCAGCUCAGUCCACAAUUGGUAAGGCAACAAAUAGCAAUGGCUCACCUGAUAAACCAACAGAUAGCUGUCAGCCGACUAUUGGCUCACCAACACCCUCAAGCCAUCAACCAACAGUUCUUGAAUCAUCCUCCCAUCCCCAGAGCAGUUAAACCAGAGCCAACAAACUCUUCAGUUGAAGUUUCUCCAGAUAUCUACCAGCAAGUCAGAGAUGAGCUGAAGAGAGCCAGUGUUUCCCAAGCUGUGUUUGCUAGAGUGGCAUUCAAUCGUACACAGGGGUUGUUGUCUGAGAUUCUGCGUAAGGAGGAAGACCCUAGGACAGCCUCCCAAUCUCUGCUGGUAAACCUGAGGGCCAUGCAAAAUUUCCUCAAUCUGCCCGAAGUCGAGAGGGACCGUAUCUAUCAGGAUGAAAGAGAGAGGAGCAUGAACCCCAAUGUGAGCAUGGUAUCUUCAGCCUCCAGCAGUCCAAGCUCCUCCAGAACUCCCCAGGCCAAAACCUCGACACCGACAACAGACCUCCCCAUUAAGGUGGAAGGCGCCAACGUCAACAUCACAGCUGCCAUUUAUGACGAGAUCCAACAGGAGAUGAAAAGGGCCAAGGUGUCUCAGGCCCUGUUUGCCAAAGUGGCUGCCAAUAAAAGUCAGGGCUGGCUGUGUGAGCUUCUCCGCUGGAAGGAAAACCCAAGUCCAGAAAACCGCACCCUCUGGGAAAACCUGUGCACCAUCCGCCGCUUCCUGAACCUUCCCCAGCACGAGAGAGACGUGAUCUAUGAGGAGGAGUCCAGGCAUCAUCACAGUGAGCGCAUGCAGCAUGUUGUCCAGCUCACUCCUGAGCCUGUGCAGGUUCUUCAUAGACAGCAGUCUCAGCCAGCCAAGGAAAGUUCCCCUCCAAGAGAAGAAGCCCCACCUCCACCUCCUCCUGCUGAGGACAGUUGUGCCAAAAAGCCCAGGUCUCGCACCAAGAUCUCCUUAGAGGCUUUGGGAAUCCUUCAAAGCUUUAUUCAUGAUGUGGGUCUCUACCCUGACCAAGAGGCUAUCCAUACCCUUUCUGCUCAGCUGGAUCUCCCCAAACACACCAUCAUCAAAUUCUUCCAGAACCAGAGGUACCACGUGAAGCACCACGGGAAGUUAAAAGAGCAUUUGGGCACCGGGGUUGAUGUUGCCGAGUACAAGGAUGAAGAGCUGCUGACUGAAUCAGAGGAAAAUGAGAGUGAAGAAGGCUCAGAGGAAAUGUACAAAGUGGAAGCUGAGGAGGAAAAUGCUGACAAAAACAAGCCGGCUCCCCCAGAAAUUGACCAGAGAUAAUGUGAAAUCACAACAUGGAAAGCAAGACAUUGGUCCAAGGAUUUUCUGUUUCUAUUUUCUUUUUUAUUUUGUUUUGGUUUUUAGGUUUUUUUUUCAUAUUUUUUUAAAAAAAUACUUUCUUCCCCUUUUGACAUUUCUUUGUUGCACGGGAUCCACGUGCAGACUGAACGAGUUCAGUAUUGUCGAAUUAGUCAUCAUCUUGACACAGACACUUGAGUGUUACACUUUUACAUUUGACUGGAAUAAUAAUUGUAAUCACAUAAGACUAUGCCUUCAUUAACCUUGCACUUAUGGAAGAAAUGCAAAGCAAGUUCUCAGAAGAAAAGAUCUAUAAAAUAAAUGAAGGAAACUACAAGUGUGUGUGUAUAUGUAUAUGUACAUAUAUAUAUAUAUUUACAUAUAUAUAUUAAAAUUGCAUGGGACAGAGAACUUUACAAUCUGAAAGAAUAGACUGUGAAAUGGGUUCUUAAAGACAAGACUUGUUUAUGUAUUAAAACCACUUCACAAUGAGUUGCUUUGGCUUUUUGAUAAACUGCCGCCUGCUCUCAGGGUGUGGUGACUAUUUUUUGAAUUCCUAUUUAUUUUCUAUGUUUGUCCCUGAUUUUUUUUUUAUUAUUAUUCUCUACCUUCCUAGCUGGCAGCUUGAUGAUUAAUUAUUGAGGUAUCUAUUUAACAAAAUAAAUCAACACUGCCAAAAAUAAGAGAGAGAAAAGAAAAUGAAGCAAAAUAAAAUCAGGGCACCUUAAGAAGACAAAGUCCAAUUACUUUUAAGACACAAUGCACACUUAAAAUGAUUCAACAUGUUCCGUUACUCAACUGGUCCUUCCUGUAGUGAACAGAUGAACUUUAGUGGAACUCAAAACAAGCAAAACUGAACUUCAGUAUGGAAAAGGCUUGUCCACUAGUGAGGUCUUGAUAAAAUAGCAUCUUGAGAUUGGCUGCAUGGAAUUCAUAUUAUAAAGCCAAGUCUUAUUAUUUACCUGUUCUCAGCUUCAGAGCUUAAAAUGAAUAAGCCCAAUCAUUUAAAAAUGCUUUAUUUUCUUUGUUUUUAAGGGGAAAAAUCUUUUUUUUUCCUCCCUGUAGAAUAAGUAAGAAAACUACAGCCUGAGAAAUACAUUUGGUUAAAAGAAAAUGUGCAGUUGAAGGGCUUCCUUGCUCAGAGACCUAGUUUGUCUCUCUCCCCCGAGUUGUCCCUGGGUAACCAUGAGCUCCCUCUGCUUCACGCCCUUCCGUCAGUGGAACUAAACAUUUCCAGUCACUGUGUCACAUACAGCAGCCCAUUUCCAACACUGGCUGACCCUUCUGAGAGAAACCUUUUGCUAAGAAAUAGUGCAGCUCUGGGGCAAAAACAAAAACAAAACCAAAAAACCCUAAAAAACAAAGUAAGGAGUUUCAAUCGAAUGAUAUACUGGUCACCAAUGAAUACACCCCCCUUUCCCCCAGUGACCUAGCUAGCUAGCACAGAGAUUCCAUCAGGCCAACAGGACUUUUGCAGGUUGAUUGACUCUUUUGGGGAAUGAGCAGGCAAGCUCCAUUCUCCUAGUAUUUUUGGUCUCUUUUGGAGCUUUGUCUCUCCCCCCACCCCAUAUCCCCAAAUCUCACUAACAUUAUUCCCACUUCCAUUGAUAACAAUUCCAAGGGUAGACUUCACUUUCAAUCCUUGUCUACAUGAACAGAAUCCCUGCUUCCAAGGGUCGGGCAUACAGUCAUCCCUUAUGCUUUGAUCUUUUAAGUUGUGUUCUCAUGCAACCUUGUCAAAGACCUCAUGCAAUAUCACUUUGAAAGUUAUUUUCUGUUUACUACACAAGCAUUGUAAUAUAACUGUUAAUACUAUUUAUAUAUUUGAAAGGUAUAAAAGGUAGGAUUAAAAAAAAAACCUCUAUGUGUAGAUAUUUACUCAGAACUUACAAUAUACAGGGAGAAGACAUGUUGCAAUACAAGCUAAUUCUAGCUGCUCAGUAACCUCUGGAGUUUUUAAAGGGACAUAUUCCUGUACUUUUUUCAAAUAAAAAUGUUUAGAACUUAUCUUGACAUGAACGUCACAUACCUUUGCAAAAGGAUGGUUGUUUGCUACUAAGCCCUAGUGCUCAUCCUUUCUUUUUCUGUAGUAUGCUGCAGCUUUGAUCCGAAGUUCCAAUGGUUGCUGCUUUUCGUUCUCCUCAGAGUUACUCCUUCAGAAUUGUCUUCUUACACUGUUGCUGAAAUCACUAUGUACAUGUAAUGGAAACUGAUUUUUGCCAAGCUCUUGCAAGGUGGUUCAUCUAUUGAUGGCAUCAGCAUUUGGUAUCUUUUACACUUCAACCAAAAAUUUAUUAGGUAUUUUUCAAUGCUAAGUCUUGCCUUUUAUUUUUAAUUUCACUGCCAAGUCUGCAGUGGUUCAAAGUGAAUCUGUGGGCAUUUUAGCCUGUGGUCUUGCCAGAACUUUGCGAAUUACAAUGCAUAUAUGUCUAUUUAUUCAAUAUCUGUCAUAUAAUAUCUAUUUGGAAAAAAGAAACUUUCUCUUGUAGUGCCUCUUGACAAAGCACAAUUUUCCGCCUUUUUUGUGAAAUAAAAAAAAAAACAAAUUGUGUUUUAUUGCAGUAUCAACAAUGUGAAUAAGGAUUAACAUAUUGUAAAUGUUCUUUUUUUCCAUGUAAAUCAACUUUAUCUUUGUUAUCACUAAGUGAUAAUUAAUUUUUAACUUAUGUGCAUUGUUAGGCUGUUAGAAUUUUUUGGUUGUUGAAAUA